AUGCAGUAUGAGACACGAGGAGCAAUUCUACCAAGCGAUGCACGUACAUUACGCAAUCAAUUACAUGAUAGUACGAGUGGGCAUUGGAAAGAUGUGGAAAUACGAUUACAAGAGCUUGUAUUACAAUGGAAUCCUUAUCAAUAUGGAAGAAGAAGAAAUGAGGAGGAGGAGGAGGAAGAAGAAGAAGAGGCAUUGAACAAGAAGAAUCAGAAGGAGAAACUGAAUUUUUAUCAGAUUUUAGCAUUUGAGCAUCUUUCUCAUCCUCAGACUCAGAUUCCGACAUAUGCUCAUGUAACUAGUGAUGAUAUUAAACGACAGUUUCGUAAAUUGGCAUUGGUUUAUCAUCCUGAUAGACAACAAAAGUGGAAAAAGGAUGCACAAGCAGGAGAAAGGAGAAGUCUCAGAACUGAUAAGAAGAAGGAGAAGGAGAAGCAUAAAGAGAUGGAUUCUAUGCAGUUUGCACGGUUAAGAUUGGCCUAUGAGACAUUAAGUGAUCCUAAAAGACGUGCAGCGUAUGAUGAGAAGCUACUGGAAGCAUUACAACCAAAGAAAUUACAACAUAUGGAUCAUAUGGUGAAGGAUCAAGUGAAAUUAGAAGCGUCGACGGAUUUUGCGUCCUUGGAAUGGAUGGCACGUGUUAAACACAAGAUGGACGUGAUGGAGCGGAUUGCUGAAUGGACUAAGCUAUUGUCACUUGAUGCAACGGAAAUACGAUUUGAAACGGGUGAGCCAUGCUCUGGAAAAGGAUGUGGUAAAAUUGUGAGCAUGGAUCGAGAUUUAGAAUGCUCCGGAUCGCCACGACGUCGUGUAUACGUUUGCCUAUUGCACAAGUACAUCCACGCAUGUGAUGAAAGUUGCACGAGCUUAUUUAGUGACGCCGAAUUGGAUCGACGUGUGUGUCCGAUGCGAGCGUAUUGGCUUAUUCAAAACUGGCUGUUUGAUCAGCUUCAGGCUGCAACGACACAGCAGCAACAGCAGAUAGAGCAACCGUUUACCCCAGGAGCUAACAGGAAUGAGUGUAGACAGCCUUUGCUGAAGAAAGAAAAACAUGCAAAUGAGUGUGAUCAUUCUUCAGCACGGAAAGAGGAGACUACGAUUCCGGUGAUGUGUAAAAUUAAGCCGUCGGAAAUUUACUUGGGCGAUCAAUACACUCGCUUUCAGGUUGAAAAGAGUGCAGAAUGUCAGAGCGAUACAUGUCGAAUGAACUUUCAGUUUCUGGAAGAUGGUAUUUAUGCUUGCCGUCGCCAUGGAACGCCUCACAUCUGCACUUUUGAGCAGUGUGAUCGCCAGGAGCUACGCUUGGGCAGCUACAUUUGCUGGGUAAGCGGUAAAGUUUAUGGUCGUGAACGGGAGCAAGUGGGUACGGACGUGCGCAAACGUCGCGUCGUGUAUUCAGACGAGCAGGGGGACGACAAUUUUGUUGAAAUAGAAGUUCCUGUAAUGCUGCCAUUGGGUAAGACAACAGGAUUUCUGUUAGAAGGCGACUCCUCUUUUCAGCAUUCAAGUGAUAUGUCAUCGCUGUCUCCACCGCCGCCAGACGAGAAAUUGUGGAGCAAGCGGCCACGUGCAGGCUCUGACCGGUGUACUUAUGGCACUUCGUCGCCAUCGCGCAAAGUACGGAAGAGAUUCAAGUGCGACCGAGAUGGAAAAACCUCACCGGCGCGCAAGCGCCUGCACGAACGGUUGGCAUCGAAAAUUGAGCGCGCGGAGACAGCUUCGUUUCACAUAUAUUUAAAGCUACCACCUGCUGUUGCCAUCUUACCAAAGGUAGCGCUGGAGCUGGAAGGUACCGCAGACAGUUCAUAUGAUGGAGGCAUUUCGACCGAAGCGGGUUCUGAUGGUAGCAAGGAGAACUUGUUGCAGAUCUUGCUGCAUUCGUAUCAUACCGUCAAUUAUAUUAAGUACUGGAUGGAAGAGCUUACGGAGCAGCAAUUAUCCGUUUGGGACCAACAGAUAUAUUGGGGUGAUACUCCGAUUGGUGAAGAGGCCGACGUGAUGGUCCUAGAAGAGCAUGGCAUAUCAGCUGGCUGCAUACUUGAACUACGUCUCCACGACGAUUGUCCACUGCUGAUAUCAAAAGAGGCAGAGGAAGAGUUGGACGAUCUUCAGGAAGAAUGGGAGAAUGUUAUAGUUGCUGAAGAGGAGGCUUUCGAGCAAUCUCGUCUUGAGUUGGUGCGUGAAAAGCUGAAGCUUCGUGGUGUUAUCGGACAUACUGAAGUGCUUCGGUACGAUAGUGCCAAGUCGGCACCUCGACUACUUGGCGUAAUUCAAGAGCGAUCUACUGGUGAUGAUGACAUUGAUGGCAAGCAUAGGAGGCAACUAAUUCCACCUAGUGCAGACGGCAAUGGGAUAUGUGAGAAGGAGACAGCUUUGUUGCCGCCGAGGAGCGACAUCUUGGUAAAAGAAGAGCAAGAGCAAGUCCCGAAAGGGGUGGAGGAGAUGCGAUCAUUGUCGAACGACGCCCAACCAGUAAAAAGAGUCAAGAAGGCGUGGGCAAACCGAGAAAACAAGUAA